CUCUUUAAGUUUCCUUUCAGAUUUUCAGCGGCCAAAAAAAAAAAAAAAAAAAAACAACCUUAGCAUAAAGUUUCCAGUUUUCAGGGUUUCAAUAAAAGUUUCAGAUUUUUAAACAGUCUUUAAAUUAUUACAAUGAAGAGAGGCAGGGAAGUUGGAGAAAUUGAGGCCAUGGAUAUGGCAAAUUGUUUGAUGUUGCUAUCCAAAGUUGGCCAAACCGACCCAUCGAAGCAUUACCAGGGUCGUGUCUUUGCAUGCAAGACGUGCAACAAAAGAUUUUCAUCGUUCCAAGCACUUGGAGGCCACAGGGCGAGUCACAAGAAGCCAAGGCUAACAGGAGGAGACCUUCCGGAGAUCCCUGAUUCACCAAAGAAGCCAAAGACCCAUGAGUGUUCGAUCUGUGGUCAGGAAUUUGCCAUCGGCCAAGCUCUUGGGGGUCACAUGAGGAGACAUAGGGCUGCCUUAAAUGAAGGGUUGGUGACUCGGGAUUUGUUGCAUGAGAUGAAGAAGUCGAGUGGUGCUGAAAGUGGUUUGUGCCUGGAUCUGAGCCUGACGCCUUGGGGAGCUGAUUUGGAGUUGAAGCCGGGGAAGGUGGCGCCGACGCCUGUUGUUCAUUGUUUUAUAUAGGAUCUUUUCAUUGUUAUCGUCGUAAAAAAAAUAGGGUUCAUGUUUACCCUUUUUUGUGGGGAUUUUUUAGGCAUUCUUUUUCUUUACAUUUGUUCUUGUUAUGAACAUAUGUUGUCGUCAGACAGGAUUUGAUUUCUUGAUUCUUUUUAGUAAGGUAAGUAGGAGUACAAUUUUUUUCUGGAAACUUGAUCAGUCGAUAUAUUCCUCCAUUUUACUAUUUAUUUAUA